UUUCGCUUAAAUCUUCCGAAGUGUGUGCCAUUCGUGCUGCUUGUAAUUACAUUUGCGUUCUGCUUGCACAGUCAAGCGUACGCUGCAAAAAUAACAACAAAAACAACAAACACAACUACAAGCAUAACAAAUUCGAGUAAUGUGGAGCUGAACAGUGCAACUGAAGAGAGUAAAGUGGUGGCAGCAAAAGUGGCUGUAAUGCCACCAGCGCUAACAGCUGAUGCAACUGCUGAGGUAAAGGCGGCAAAAGAAGAUGACACAGAACUAGAUAUCGAUUCCAAUGCUAGCAAAGAUGAAAAUACAACCGAUCCAGAAGAUGUGGAGGAUGCCGACGAUGACGAAGAUGACGAUGACGCUGAUGAGAAUGAUGAGGCAGAUAAGCAGGCUGGAAAGCCAUCAAAAAGUGAAACAGCUUUGGAGGCAGCCGAAAAAGAUGAUGACACAGCUUCAACGUUUAGCGUUUGGGGUAUAGUACGAACAGUAUGGAGUUGGAUAAAAGACGAUAUAAGUGAAAGCUUAUUUGGCGAUGAUGACGCUGAUACAACUGGUGCAACGAAGGCGCUGGUGCGGCAGAUACGUGACGUACCCGAAGCGGGAAAGACGGCAGUAGAGAGUCGCACUUUCGGAAAAAUUCGCCGCCUACAAAUGGCUCUGAUUCCCCUCAUUUUCAAAUUUGGCAUCCUCACCGCUAUGGUCGCUUUCCUCAUAAUGCUCGGCAUGAAAACGCUAUUCCUGGUCAAGUUGCUUGUCCUAAUGAAUGCUGCUGCCAUAUUGGCGAAAUUUAUUACGCUGAAAUCUGACUUCGGUGGCCAUGGACACUCUGGGCCCUCAUGGAAUUAUCAAAGUUGGACGCCACCAGUAACUGGUGGUUGGGCCGCCUCAGCGCCAGCUGCCUCUUAUUCGCAUGGACACGAACAUCAGCCAACGAAAGAAAUACAUCUACACAUACAUGGCGGUCAAGUGCAUGGCUAUGAUGGAGCCAGCAGCAGCCAAGGAGUUGUGAGUGGUGGACACGGCUGGACCAGUAGAAGUGAUCCCUAUAAUACGUAUGCGUCUACACAAGACUCUGAAUCGGAAAAUGAACUUAGCAAUAAGGGUCCAAUUGCCAUGUUACCAACUAGAUAUCCAGCAAUUAAUCCUUACUAGUUGAUUGGAGUGGAACGCGACCAUAUACAUACAUAUAAGACAAUAGUCAAUGAG